AUGGAAAGGAGCGAGCAGAGCGAGGAUGGGACUCCUCCAGAGCUGUACCUGGCUCAUGGAUCACUUGUCCUUCUUUUUCUCCUCCCAGGUGCUGUGCUCUCUCUUGCUUGUCAUAACUCCUGCCUAGCAUGGUGCCAGAUCAUCAACGUGUCUGAAUCACAUUCUUCUCUCCUCACCUCUAUGGACGGGACUGUUAAUGAAACAAACCAAUACAUUUCCAUGCUUGCUGGAAGCAGAUAUCGUCUCUACAUUGGCUUGGCUCUGGCAAUAGGCUCCAGUACCUUUAUUGGUUCUAGUUUCAUACUGAAGAAGAAAGGACUUCUGAAACUGGCAGACAAAGGAGUCCCCCGAGCUGGCCAAGGCGGAUAUUCUUACUUAAAGGAAUGGCUUUGGUGGGCAGGAUUGCUAUCAAUGGGAUUAGGAGAAGCUGUAAACUUUGCUGCCUAUGCCUUUGCACCUGCAACCUUAGUUACUCCCUUGGGUGCGCUGAGCGUUCUCAUAAGUGCUGUAUUGUCAUCCUGUUUUUUAAAUGAGAAGCUGAAUAUUCAUGGAAAGCUGGGCUGCGUACUGAGCAUUCUGGGGUCAACAGUCAUGGUUAUUCAUGCCCCCGAAGAGGAGGAGGUCACCUCACUAGAUGAGAUGGAAAGAAAGCUGCAAGAUCCAGCAUUUGUUACAUUUGCUGUUCUACUAACAGUUGUUGCCCUCAUGCUGAUUUUUAUCGUGGCUCCAAAGAGAGGCCAGACAAAUAUCCUGAUCUACAUUUUAAUUUGCUCACUCAUUGGUGCCUUCUCUGUCUCGUCUGUGAAAGGCCUGGGCAUUGCCAUUAAACAAAUGCUGGAGCAGAAGCCAGUUUAUCGGCAUCCAUUGGUUUACAUUUUGGUGAGUGUCUUAGUGCUUUCAGUCAGCACUCAGAUCAACUAUCUCAACAAAGCAUUGGAUGUGUUCAAUACAUCUUUAGUGACACCUAUUUAUUAUGUGUGUUUCACCACAACGGUUGUGACAUGCUCCAUCAUCCUGUUCAAGGAGUGGAGUAGUAUGGACCUGGGUGAUAUCAUUGGAACCCUGAGUGGUUUCUGCACUAUCCUCAUUGGCAUUUUUCUACUGCAUGCCUUCAAAAAUACUAACAUCAGCUGGAGUCAGUUGAUGUCCACUGUUGCCAAAGAACCAUCAUUACCACACCGAGAGAACGAAACCUGUCACACCUUACUGGAGAGCAUGGAAGACCCUGCUUUGGCAUAUGAAGAGGACAACAUUUUAUUCAGCCAAUGAAACUCUCUAGCAGUGUUCAUCAUUAAAGUAUCAUGAAUUGCAGACUCAGCCCACCUGUGUCUACCGGAAUGCUGCUCUUUUCUACAAUCCUCUGGAAAACCAUCUGUAAGGCCACUUAAGUGUGGGCCACUCCUCUGUGUGCCCACUGUUGGUAGUAAUGAAUACAAAUGUUCAGUAAUUAACGUGACAGAAACCUGAUGGUGAUUGUAUAUUAGGCAAUGAAAAACC